AUGUCGACAUCGUUAUCUUUGAUAGGAAAACAAAUAAUAAUUUAUGGUGGACUACCAGUGUUUAUUGCUGGAACAGUAGGCGGGCUUCUCAAUACUCUUGUCUUUCUUAGUCUUCGAACAUUUCGACAAAGUUCAUGUGCAUUUUAUUUAACUAUUAUGUCAAUUUUAAGCAUAAUUCAAUUGUGUCUUGCGCUUCUCGCACGUGUUAUAACUGCCAUAUCAAGUGUCGAUGCAACUGAAACAUCACUAUUCUAUUGUAAAUCACGUCUCUAUUUAAUUAAUACAUGUAAUGUAAUUUCAAUGACAUGCUUUUGUUUGGCUACUAUUGAUCAAUAUUGUGCAACUUGCUCUAACCUCCAUUGGCAACAAUUCUGCAAUAUUAAACUAGCUCGACGUAUAAUCAUUAUAUUUAUUAUCAUUUGGAUUCUACAUGGAAUUCCAUAUUUAGUAUUUUAUGAUCAUGUUUCAUUACCAAAUACAAAUAAAUUUAUUUGCAUCGUAACAAAUCAGAUUUUUGAUCAGUAUCGCGGGUUUUUCAUGGUACUUGGGCUGAUCGGAUUUCUACCUAUUACUAUUGCAGCUUUAUUUGGAUCCAUGGCCUUUCGCAAUAUAAAGGAAAUGCCUUAUCGCACAGUACCACUUGUUCGACGUGAACUAGAUAAGCAGUUAACUGUCAUGGUUUUAGUUCAAGUUGUUGUAGGUAUUUUUGGUCUUCUACCAUAUACAACUGUCUUUGCUGUUGCAACGAACAAAAAUCUCACCAGCGAUCCAGUUAUUCAAGCAAAACUUCAGUUUGCAACAACUGUCACUGUUAUCAUUUACUAUACAUAUUUUGCGAGUCCAUUUUAUGUUUAUAUUUGUGUAUCUGAACGUUUUCGUAAACAAUUGUUCUAUGUACUGUUCAAUAUACAUCUUAAUCGUUGGAGACGACGAAGGAUAAUUAUCAAUCAUGUCGCACCAGAGACAUAA